AUGACCGUAGCGUACGAUCUCACCCAUCGAGGGUCGACACCUCAAACCACACCAGGCACGGCGUUGGAAGACCGAUUUGAGGUCUUGAAAGACAUCGGAGAUGGCAGCUUUGGAAGCGUCGUGCUUGCGCGAGUUCGUGCUGCAGGUUCUAGUGUGGCACGACGAGGAACUAUCAUCGCGAUCAAAACGAUGAAGAAGCAAUUCGAGUCCUUCGCUCCGUGUCUCGAACUUCGAGAGGUCGUAUUCCUCAGAACUCUUCCUCAACAUCAACACCUUGUCCCAGCAUUGGACAUCUUCCUCGAUCCCUUCAGUAAGAAGCUCCACAUAUGCAUGGAAUACAUGGACGGGAAUUUAUAUCAAUUGAUGAAAGCCCGUGACCACAAAUGUUUAGAUGUCGCCAGUGUCAAAAGUAUCCUGUUCCAAAUUAUGCAGGGUUUGGAGCAUAUUCACGCUCACCAUUUCUUCCAUCGCGACAUCAAACCCGAGAACAUCCUCGUGUCGACAUCAACACAGCAAGACUCGGGUACAUCCUUUCGACGAUACUCGGCCAUGGUCACUCCUCCCUCAACUCCACCCGCGUACACGGUUAAGAUUGCCGAUUUUGGACUUGCUCGGGAGACUCACUCGAAACUCGCCUAUACAACUUACGUCUCGACUCGUUGGUAUCGCGCGCCCGAAGUUUUACUUCGUGCGGGAGAGUACUCGGCACCAGUUGACAUCUGGGCGAUUGGUGCCAUGGCUGUCGAAAUUGCGACACUGAAGCCAUUAUUUCCGGGGGGGAACGAGGUUGACCAGGUGUGGAGGGUCUGCGAGAUUAUGGGCAGCCCGGGCAAUUGGUACAACAAAGCUGGUUCACGAGUUGGAGGCGGAGAUUGGAGGGAAGGCACUCGCCUGGCCGGCAAACUUGGAUUUUCCUUCCCAAAGAUGGCACCUCAUUCCAUGGAUACCAUACUUCAGCCUCCACAAUGGCCAGCUUCACUCAGCAACUUCGUCACGUGGUGUUUGAUGUGGGAUCCGAAGAGCAGACCGACAUCCACGCAAGCUCUGGCUCAUGAAUUCUUUACCGAUGCCGUUGAUCCUCUCCGGCCCAAGUCGUCGGCAUCAAAGAUGCUCGGUAGGAAGCAAUCGGACUUGAGCUAUCGUGGCUCCAAAGACUUGACAGAAAGUGCGACAUCAUCUUCGAAGUCAUCGUGGUUUAGAAAAUCGUUGAUCGGCCGGUCCGAGAGCUCCGCAAGCGUUGCGCAGUCAGCUGGAAAGGAGAACAUUGCUCCACGGCCCUCACCCGUGCAUGCAGCCACCGAGAUUCCAGUAACGAAGACCCGGCCACCAGCUGCCAAAAGAUCAACAUGGAACAAUGGUCCAUCCAACGGUGCUCCAAUGCCCAUUUUACCCACAAUCAAGCCCAUAUCCCCCUUGUCAGAUGCCGUCACAGCACAAGCAAGCAGUCGCACACCAUCAUAUAGCAAUUCAUACUCAAAUGCUAGUCAGCAGACAUUGAAUGUAGACGACAAAGUUGCCAAGAAAAUCGGCAGGCAGCUUUCGGUGGCAUCAACGAACAAUCACUAUGCCGAUAUACAUCGGCAACAAGCUGAGAUGGCCUUGAAUGGCAACUCGGGCCUUGCUUCGCCGCCCAAUGGGCAGAAAGAAAGUUUCUUCUCACAUUUGAGAAAACGAGCGAGGCGAUUCUCGGGCCGUCAAUCCCAGACACCAAUCUCACCCAAGUCAAUGGACAUUGAAGCCCAAGCAGGAUGUGGACCAUGGGCCAGCAAUCGUUCUUCGAUGGUAGUUGAUAGCAGCCAACUUCCAAGUCCUGUUCAAAAGGUCGAUACCUACGAGGCUUUAGAUAAGGCACUGCGAAAUGUGCAGCAGAAUCUUGACUCAUCCCAAGCAGGCAAUGCUCCCCCUCCGCCAAACCACCUCAUCAGUCCGAGCAGCGUCCUUAAGCGUCACCAUUCUCUUCCCCAACAACCCCGAUCAGUGGACAAUUUACGAGGCGUGGGACCAAUCUCAAGUCGGACACGGCGUUCUCAAGUGCCUGGCGGGGCUCGUCAAUACGAAACACCCGAUGAGGAAGACGAGUUGCUUGACGAGGUCUUAUCCAGCACCCACAGAGUUAUGAAACGGUUGGACCGAAAUUCUGGUCAGAACGAUGGUCGACAAGCCCUGAGACAGUCCUCCAGCAACCUGGCACUAUCAAAUCCCUAUCCUACUCCAUCCCCCUCGGCCAGUGGAAAUGCGGUCCUCUUCGGACAAGGCAUUACGCAUGUGACUCCCUCGAAAGCCCCAGUCAGGGACAAACAGUCAUCAACGCCACCGUACGACUACGAGGAGAAUGAAUGGGCCGCCGACGCCGCUGCAAGUCUCUUUGCAGCUUCGAGCCGCUUUUAG